UUGCGACAGCAUGGGCCUUCAGCUGUGUACUCAACUCAAUUCCCAAUCUCCAUCUUCCUUUAACAUGGUUCUGUUACUAGUUUUCUCAAAGUAUUUGUGUUCUUCUUCGUAAUCGAAAUCGCACAACACUCAAAUUAGGGUUUCGCCUUGCGUGAAUCUGCGAUGCUGAUUUUAGGAUUUCUCAUGUUGUUAUCACUGUGAUCCAUAGCAUAAUCGGGGCUGUGAUGUUGAUUUGUUAGAUCUGCCUUUAUUGAAAUUUAGUUCUCUUCUCACAUAUUUGGUAAUUGUGUGAAUCCGGAGUCGAAAAAGGAAUUUGAGCAUUGUGGCGAAGUAUAGGAAAAAGAAAUUAGGGUUACGUAUUGUGAAUUUUCGGUUGCAAGUUUAGAGUUAGUGCAAAUUAUGAAUCUGAUGUACUGAUUCUUAGCUGAGAAAAUUUGUCUGUUCAAUUCUUAUUGUUGCUGUUGUAGACAUUGCGGUGAUAGAAUCUGAGAACUGUGAGGAAACUUAUGCACUGAUUAGAUUGUACCUGUCUGGUUUUAUGAUGUCAUGACAUAAGGUGCUGAAAGAAGGUUGGACUAUCAUGAAAGCAGGUAGGUCAACUGUGAAGGCUUCUGCAAAGUGCAGUCCAAAGACAGGAUCUGUUGGAGUGAAAAAUACUUCCAAGGGAACCAAUAAGCGGGUUUCCAAAGCAAGAGGAUAUGGUGAAGAGUUGUUGACUGACAAAGAGAACCAGAAUUUUUCUUUUAAGGAACCUGUGGGAAUGUGCGGAGAACUUCACAAAAAAGAUAAGUUUAUAAUGGAAAAGAGGGAGGCGAUUGAGCUUGAGCUUCAUCCCAACCAAGCACUCAAUUCUUGUGCAAAGAUCAAGUUACAACUUUUUCCAAUAAAUGAAGGAACUCGAAUAGGACUUGAAAAGGAUGGGCAUAAUCCAUAUUUAGAACUCACACUUAGAGGUCGAAAGAAAAUCUCUUCAGUGCUACAACACAUUGAGAAGAAGUGGGGAAGUUCAAGUACAAACAAAGGAGAGCCUAUGCUUUUCCCAUACAACAAAAUGGAAAAUCUACCUGACUGUAGAUGGACAAUUAAUGAUAGUGACACAACAGCCUCAGCUGUCUAUGCUGCUAUUGGAAGCCCUGCAAUUUUCCGAUUGAGGUAUGGUUGGUGCUGCACAUAUGAACCUAGGUCUUUUGGUAUACCUUCCUCACCAAUUCCUCAUAAGCCUGGUGUGAACUAUGGAGGAACAGAGGGAGAUUGCAAUUCUAAUAUGGAGAUUUCACGUCGGGAACAUGAUAAGGAUGAGGCGACCAGUGAGGAAUGCAAAGCAAUUGAUAUGGGCAAUGCAACAAGUGAAAUUGUGACUCAGAAAAUGGACAAUACAUCUGCUGAUCCCCUGGAUAAUGAGCCAAGAGUAUGUAGUAGCCAUGAACAGCCUUUACCACCAUGGAUGGAUAGUCUAACCAAUAUAAGCAUUGGGGGCCUCCUGUCUGAAGCAUCAUUAAUGAGUGGGUUUGAUCCAAAAUCAUUUGGCUCCAAUGCUGCGACACAGCCAAGUCAAAUAGUUUCUGAUUCCUUGGAUGCUUUUAUCUUUGCCCGAAGUAGUCGUCCUCCUGUUUCAAGACCACCUGCUGAAGUGUUACGCACAUCUAUAUUGGAUGCUGAAGAAACAUGCCAUGCAUUUCCUCUUCGAAAGUUAUCGUCCUCAGCAGAUGUGCAGACUGCUAGUGGAAAAGGUUUUUCAGUGGGCUGCAGUCAGGACGUUCCUUCAAACUUAUUGAAGUUGUUAAAUUCAGACAAGGUGAAUGAUCAAGAUAGUCGUCCACAAAAUCCCCUAACUGGGAAGACUCAGACAGACUCCUCGCUUUCUUCACGUUUGUAUGAUGAUGAAAGAAGUCUUGGGUUAACAGGCAUCAAAUGGAAUGACUCUAUGGGACCUUUUGAUCUUGGCAUGGCGGCCACAAAGCUUAAUGGCGGAGACAGUGCUAGCAUCGGUGGAUUUGUUAAAUAAUAAAGAUGCACAAGUUUGAGACCAAAUGAUCCAUUUUGAAAAUACCUGCUUAGGAAAUAGAAGAAACAAAUUGUAUAUAACAGGGACAUUUGCUGAAGUUACCGAGUUUCAGGUGUAAAAAUCAUUUAUAGAGGGGACAAAUAUUUCUCUUUGUAUUAUCUUCUCUUUAGCGCAUGUUAAGACAUACAAUAGAAUCAUGAUAGAUAGAAGUAACUUACAUUAGUUUUUGCUUCUGUCGAUCAUGAUUUUGACUUCAACCUGAUUUUUUACUGUGUAUCCAAAUAUGUACUUUCACCGUAA